CGACCUAAUUCGCCGGCACACUCCGUUGAUACAUUCAGUCACUCGCACCGCCCGCGCGCCGCGGCCGUGUCAGACAAUUAAAAAUAACCGCGCCGGAAUUAAAAAGUUUGUGUUCCAUUUUUUAAUUUGAACUAGUGUUCGUUCUCUUUAUUUCAUCAUGUCUUCAGCCUCAGCCACCAAGAAUGGAAACGUCCAAGGAUUAGCUGCCAAGGCGCCAUGGACGGACGAGCAAGGCAUCGCGGUAAAAAUAUACGAUGGUGUGGUGACCACCUUGGAAAUAGUACUGCUGCUUGUCAAAAUGUGGGUGUCCUGGAUAUACGCCAUGUACCAGCUCGUCGUACCGCCGGUGCCGAAGAGUGUCGAAGGAGAGAUUAUUCUGAUCACAGGCGCCGGUCACGGCAUGGGCCGCGAGGUGGCGCUGAGGUUCGGGAAGCUGGGAGGAGUCAUCGUCUGUGUAGAUAUUAAUGCCGCCGGCAACCAGGAAACUGUGGACGCUAUCAAGGCUAACAAGGGGAAAGCACACCGAUAUGAGUGUGACGUAACAGACAGCAAAGCGGUUGCCGCGUUGGCGGAGCGCGUGCGCCGCGAUGUUGGUGACGUCACGAUGCUGGUUAACAACGCUGGGAUCAUGCCCUGCAAGCCUCUGUCGCAGCACAGCGAGAAGGACAUCAGGACCAUGAUGGAAGUCAACGUUAUGGCGCACUUCUGGAUGCUCCAGAGCUUCCUCCCAUCAAUGAUGGAAAAAAACAAUGGCCACAUCGUAGCCAUGUCCUCAAUGGCUGGCAUGCUUGGUCUCCGCAACCUGGUGCCGUACUGCGCCUCCAAGUUCGCAGUAAGGGGCAUGAUGGAAGCUCUACACGAGGAGUUGAGGGAGGACUCCAAGGAUUAUAGUGGAAUAAAAAUGACAGUGAUCUGCCCAUACAUCGUGGACACGGGCCUGUGCAAGAACCCCAAGAUCCGCUUCCCCUCAUUAAUGAAGAUCGUCACAGCCGAUGAGGCGGCGGAUAACAUCGUCGACGCCGUGAGGAGGAACUACUCCGAGAUCACCAUUCCUAGCUCCUUGUAUUAUGUUAACUCGUUCCUACGACCGUUGCCCAAAGCAGUCCCACUUCAUCUCAAGGACUUCUUGGACUCUGGGUUGGAGGCCCAAUAAUUAUAUUAAGUAUUAACUCCUCUCCUAUGACAAAUAAAAUUUAUUUGUCUUAGGUAUUUGUAUUUGUCUUGUGUAAUAGUUGAAGGCAUCAUUACUUUAAUGAUACCUUCAACUAUUUGUUUAAACUAUUGGUGUCGUCGAUAAUAUGGAUGUUAAAUAUCGUGAUACCAACGUUAGAUGGUAACUGGUAAUGUAAACCCCAACCACUUUAGCUCUAGGAGGAACCAAUGUCCCAUAACAUUAUACCUAUUUAUUUAAAUAAAUCAAGGCCCUGAAACUGCUAUUUUUUUUGAAUUUUUUGCUUAUGUUUCUUCAAGAAAUCAACGUAAAGAACUUUGGGAACAAAUAAAUUUAUGUUUAUUAAAUAUCUUGAUUUGUGUUUUUUAAAUAGUCACUAUAAAUAAAUUAUAAACUGAUAGUGGUGAAGGCCGGAUUCCACCACGGCACGGGUGGGUGCCGGUCACUUUUUCUUUAAUAUAACUGACAUCUAUAUCAGCAACUUAACAUUAGCAGCCUUACGGGGUAACUCUUAGAGCUAUAGUAUGCACGGGUAUAAAUCUGAGCGUUAUUUUUAUAGAACCAAACAUGACUAUAAUCAUAUAAUGGUUUCUCGCGAGCCAUAUCUUAACUUAAGAACUCUAGGAUAACGCGUGGUUGGAUUAUUAUUAACUGAUAUUAUUUGUGAUGUGAUUUAUAUUGUAUAGCACGUUCUGGGAUAAUUAAAAAGGAAUUAUGUGAAUUUACUUAUAGUUACUAUGCAAGGUAAAUGAAGCUUUCAAAUACCAGUUAGCUAAUUGUGUAAGUAAUAUUAGUGAUAAAAAGUUUUAUUGCUCCGAAUUUUUACAUGGAACCUUAUGGCUCUACUCUCUUACUGUCACUGUGUCUCACUUUCAUAAAAAUGAAAUAAAAAAUUCGGUCACCGUACUUGAGAAUUUAAACAAAUCACAUAAUUAAGACAAUACUUGUGAAAACGCAUAGUGCCUUCGAUGUACACGUGAAAAUGCGUAGUUUAGGAAAUGGCAUUUAGUAUAAUGAAAUGGGUCCAUUAAUGUACGUAUUUAUAAUGUUUAGAAACGUCUGUGCACUUAUGUAUGUAAUUUGUAACGUUUUUAUUUAUUUUUGGUAAAAAUAUAUAUAAAAUUAUACUUACACAUUUAAACGUUUUUAAGAGCUAAUAGCGCUGAUACAAAUAUCCUAAAUUAUAACCAUUAUAAUUGUCAUUAAUCGACGAUAAUGGAACGCAAAUACACUCCUUGGAAAUAGUAUACACACUCGCAUUACAUCGUAUAUUCGGGCACGAAAACCGUAAUUUCGAGGCCGGAUGAAGCGAGGGGUGUGGACUGUGGAUACUGUGGACACCUACAUUAUCUGACGUGGGGACGUGAAAGGCAAGCGGGGUGACAUUUCGCUCCCACGGACCUCGUUAUAACUGUGCAUAUAUGGAUCAGCAUCAUGUUUAGGUCUUAAAAUAAUAAAGCUUAGAAGGGAAAACCUGGCAACCGUAACAUUGCCUUAUUUUACCCCUUGAGUCAAACAGAUGCGAUAACGCGUCUGAAAUGACAAUCGAAAUCGAAAUCUAAAAUUAAAAUCGUCAAGGUAUUUUUUGUCUGGCAAUUUUGGACCCCAGGGUUUCUUCAGGGGAUAGACUGUGCCACUUUGUUGAUAAAGUUAAUUUCUUAGGUAACGUAAGUCAUAUAUCUUUGCAUUAGUACCAGUUCAUUAUUACAAAAUUACAUAAUUAUAUAUCUUGAACAAGAUAAUAGUGAUAUUAUUGUGCCCUUAUAGAUAGCUCGGUUAUAAGUACCUAUUUUUUUUUUUUACUAGCCUAAUUUAGUGUCCCACUGCUGGGCAAAGGCCUCCCCUCGUUUCCUCCACUCGACCCUGUCGUUUGUAGUGUCCUAAUUAAUUGUUAUAAUUGUUUAUUUCGGGCAUAAGUAGGUAUAUGGCAAUAACAUAAUAAUUAAAUACCUUUAGUAAAUAUGUGAUCGAACUACCAUCACAAGAAUCAAUUAUUUUUGUAUAUUACGUACCUUUUCCGUAACAAUAAGUCAAAGUAUAUAUGUGCAAUAAUAGAUACUUAUGUAUGUGUAUGAUGUGAUUGAUGUGCCAUGUGACUUGAAUACCUGGUGGGGCCUGUAACACGAGCAAAUAAUUAAAACAUAAUUGUACUCCUCAAACUAUGCCACUUUUAUUUAAUAACUUUUAAAAACGAUAAAGUCUAGAUAUCCUAUUAUCUUCAAUGUACGCUAUCCUCGCUGUUAUUGACGUUGCUUGUCACGGUUUAAACACAAUACAUUCACACAACACAUUCACAAUACGUUGGUUUAUUCUCAAUACAUUGUGUCUUAGAAUAUAAAGUGCACUUAAAAUCAAAACACAAGUAAUUUUUAAAAGUCGCUAAACAAAUGUUGGUCAGCUUGAGGAGUAGGUACAGCCUACAGCUUAAUUUUUUUGCUGCUGUUAUACCAAGUAUAUAUAGAAGGGGAUAACUUUGGAAGUAAAAAACAAUCGGCUUUGCUUUUUAUUUGAUAACACUUAACCUCCUAAGGCUGACGGUCCUACUUUUAUAAUCCGUCGGCCGGCUGCAUGAAACCCACACCUGAUAAAAAAAUAGAAAAUACCUACUCUGUGGAAAUAAAAAACGGAUUAUAAUAGCUAAAUUAAACCUGUUGACGUAAACCUUGGUCGGCCUCACCUUAGCCUGGCAGUUUUUGCAGUCCGACCACAUUU